AUGGAUCAAUUAUUCAAGGAGUCCGUUUUGAUGUCCUUAAUUAUAGGAUUUAACUUAGGACAACUGUUUGUAUAUUUUAAGUUAAGGCACAUACUAAACGGACCGGCACAAGGUUCGAAUCUAUUGACCGAUGCCCUGGAGGGCGAAGGCCUUCCACCCACGAGCCAUGGCACAAUUCCUCCUUCGCUCCCCAGCCACAACCCCUCCCAUCGGCCACGUAGGGGGGGAUUUUCAACUGUCAGAGUGGGGGCUCAUUUGAGUCCUCGAGCUAUCGCGCAAUUCCUCCUUCGCUCCCAGCCACAGCCCCUCCCGUCGGCCACGUAG